GGUGAUGCUCGAGCACGCGCGGAGCACGCAGAGGCAUCGGCUGGAGCUAGUCAGCUCGGUGUUUCUCUGCCCGCCGGACCUGCGGCUGUCCGAGUUCAUGUACAAUGUCCGACGCAAGACGAAGAUGCCCGCGAAUAUCGCCGUGUUCUUGAUGGCUGAUGGACUGCUGGUUUCCCUGGCGACGACGAUGGGAGAGCUGUAUCAGCAGGCCAGAGAUGAUGAUGGGUGGUUGUAUAUCGUCUGGACUGAGGAGAGUACUUUCGGCUGCGCUUAGGGGAGGAAAGUGGCUUUCUGGAGUUUGUUGUUGAGCGAGGGAGAGGAAACUUCGGUAUAUGAUGAAGGGGGGGGUUUUUUUAUUGGGUUGUUAGUCGAUUUCCAGCGAAAUUUGUAGGUAUUCUACUUAUGCAUACAGGC